GUAGUUCAGAUAAAUUAUUCAGUCAACAACAACGCUGUUAACUGUUCAGUGUUUGCUACGAAUUUUUAUAAGUAUUUAGUGUAAUUUGGUAAUUUCUAUUGAACCAAAGUGCUUUUCAUCAAUCCCAUCAUAUAAUUAUAAUAGCUCAAAGGAGUCUCUUCAAUAAAAUUAAUUUCUCAACAUCUUGUAACUCAAGCAAAUAAAAAUGUUUUAGGUUAGCUGUGUAUGAGUAAGCGCUAUGACGAAGACGUUGAGUUUAGAAAAGAACUGUUUACAAACUGUGAUUAGACUUUCUUAUCUCUUUUUCUAAUUAAACAUGGCCUUUUUUGGGAAAAAGAAAAAUCAACAAAACUAUAAAGCUAUUCUAGAAAAGAAAUUGUAUUUGGCAGGAGUGGAUCCAGAACCAGUGUUUGACUUAUCUGAAUGUGAUCUGAAAAGAGUUCCCUCAGGAAUAUUUUCAUUAUGCAAAGUUAUGAGGAAAGAAUGCUUAUUAUUGCAAUGCAAUCAACUUGUGAGCCUGGAAGGAGGGGGGAAUAUUGGAGAUUUGGAACUGAUUAUAAAAUUGAAUCUUCAUAGCAACAAGCUGACAAUGCUGCCUGAAGGAAUAGGCUCUCUAAAGAAUCUGGUGGAUCUAAAUGUCAGCCAGAAUAGCUUGAAAGUACUUCCGAACAGUGUCUGUGAAUUGCGAUCUCUCCGAAGUUUAGACGUGUCUUUCAAUAAAUUGAAAUGUCUUCCAUCGAAUAUUGGCCGCCUCAGAAAAUUGCACUCGCUACAUUUGAAUGGCAAUCCAAAGCUCGUUUCUUUGCCUAAUACGCUCGGAUUACUUUCUCAUUUGAGAGAUUUGAGGUUAGAUACGGAAAUUAUAGAUUAUCCACCCAACGAAGUUACCGCAAAUGGAGUCGAGGCUGUCCUUGAUUUUUUGUCAAAAGGUUGUGAUUAUACUAGUCCAGAAUUUGAACUAAGCAAUGCUGAUUCUAUUGGAGUGCAAGAAAAUUUGACGAAACAUAUUGAUUUUGAGGCUGAUGAUGACUUAUUUCAGGAAAAAGUAAGAAACUUGGCUAGAGAAAAGGAUAUGAGAAUGAAAGAAUUGGCUGCCAUUGAACAUGAUUUAAAAGAACAGCAAAUAAAGGAAUUAGAUUUCCAGAAACAACGGAAGAAUGAGAAAGAUGAGCUUCUGAAGAAUCUACUUGUGCAAGAAAACUGCCUUCAACAUAGAAUAGUCGAAUUUCAAGCUCAAAAGGAUGCUGAACGCAAAGAAGUCAUUGCUCAUUUUCAAAAAGUUGAAGAACAGUCGGAUAAAAUGCUGACUGAGCUUCUGAUAGCCAAUAGGAAAAUGAUGGAUCCAGCAGUUUUGGAAGAAAGAGAUAGAGCACAGCGUGAAGAAAUGCUCUCUCUGCAAACUUUGGAUUUGAGGAGAAAGGAAGUCAUAGAUGCAAUGGAGAAAAUGGUCGCCGAGGAAUUGGAACAGACAGCAAAGAUGCUGAACUAUGAACUGAGCAGAGAUGAAGAGGCAAGGGAUAUUUUAACUCGGGUUGAAGAGGUGCAGCAUCGCUUAGGGGAGGCAGCAAGCGACUUGAGCACCGGCCGGCUACAUUGGUUGGCCGAAGUGGGGGCGCGCUGUGGAGGGGGCUCGUCCCCCCUCGCCCUCGGCCUCCUCUUGGAGCGCACCGACGCGCACUCGCAGGCACUCGUGUCCGAGAUCACACUCGCCGAGCGGCAGUUGGCUGCACUGACUGCUGUCGAACUUAUGCGGCGAAAGGUCAACACCGAUCAGCUCACGAGCGAACUCUGCUCGAAACGUUUACAGUUGUCUGAAAUUCUUAUGGAUCUUCUCGAGCAAAGGGACCAGAGGAGACAGCAAUUGUUGGAUACUUUGCUAGCGAUACAGCAAAGUCAGGCGAAUUGCUCGGAAGACCUUUGGUUGCAGCAGUACCAACGCCUGAUGGACCGGUGUCCCCAGUCCCUGCAACAGAUGCUCGAUCCUCUUCUGGUGCACUGCUUGGUGCAGCUCAACGCCAUUCACUGUCUUCCUUUACUAUCAGCUGGCCUUGCCUCCUCUGUUGACGGCCUCGAUCAGAUUGCUUUAGAAAAGAUGGGUGUCUCUAGCGGUGACAGAGAGUUGAUUUUGAGUGCACUGGCCAUGUACAGAGAGAAACAAGCGAGUCAGUUUGUGCCUUCUGCCCCUGAGUUGGUUCAGACUCCUGACAUGCAGCCCUCCGCUCCCCCUCUACUGCCAACUGAAGAUGAAUCCACCUUUGAGAAUGAUGGCUGUAGCUGUAUUGUGUGCAUGGAAGGAGCUUACGAAGUUGUUUUCAUUCCUUGCGGGCACCUUUGUGUGUGUGUGAAUUGUGCUUCUUACCUGAAAGACUGUCCGCUGUGCAGAGCUACUAUAGCCCAGAAGAUACGUGCCAUUGUGCCUUGAAAGUAAAUUAUAUUAAUAUUUCUCACUUCUUAAUAAGGUAUGUUCUAAGGACCAACUGUUAUAAGCUAUGAUUUUGAAUUUCAUUGAACCUCAAACAUCAACAUUAUCCUCAGCGAAAUGAA